GCAUCUUCCAACAAUGCUGGAUCCUUAACCCACUGAGUGAGACCAGGGAUUGAACACACAUCCUCAGGGAGACUAUGUCAAUUAACCCGCUGAGCCACAGUGGAAACUCCCCUUGUCCUUUUCCUUUGGGUCAUUUGAUGAGAGCCAAGAGUGGAUCCUCUGCAGGACUGGGAUUAAGUAAGGAAAAUAUGUGGACUCUGAUCAACACGCAGCCCCUACUUCUGCUGUUCCUGCUUCUGAGGCCACUGCUGUUCCUAAAGACAGAUGACUAUGCUAUAUCAGGAGCAAAAGAAGAAGAAUUUUACGAUUACAUGGAAGAAUUAUAUGCUGUAGGGCCUACAAAACCACCCACCAGAGAAUCAUUUAAAAAGCGCGUCCUUGUUAGUAGUGAUGGGAAACCAUUAGCUGAUAAAGACUACUGUAAUGAAGAAAUGAAGAUGAAAAAUGUUCACAACAGGUUCUUCUGUGUUAAAGAACAUUUCUUCCUCCAAGCAUCAUAUGAGAGCAUUCGACACAUCUGUUACAAUUUAUUUGUGCCAUGUAGAAAUAAUGUUAGGAAAUGUCACAGAGGUAGGGAAAUAAUAAAAGCAGUGCAUUGUUUGUUAAUAAGUGGGAUUACAAUGCCAACCUGUAUGUACAAAUCUACUUACAAGGAGGGACUGGUCCUUCUGACUUGUCAAUGGGAAAAUGAAAUUGGAGAUAUUAUUCCUAAUCAUGUAAAUGAUAUUAUACUGGUAUAAAGUGUCAUCCACUAAGAUGGAUUUGCUUCUCACCAUUCUAGAAGAAUAUUUUCUAAGAGGUUAGAGCGAGAUGAUAGAACCCUAUCCUUAGUGAUCCUUUAGGGCCAAAACUGUUUGAUUUUAAUCAUCUACCUUCUGGGCCAGGAGAACUAGAUUAACAGAUAGUGCUCUGAAAUGUGGUUUCAAACAGGUCACACAGUUCAGCACAUUUUGAAUGUGUCAUGAGGAUAAAUGACUGCAGUGACAGGAUGAGCAGCACCAAGAGGAACAGGCAAUGGUUGCCUGCAAUGGGCUCCAAAGUGCUAUUCAUGUGAUUCUCUAGUUUAGUAGAAAUAAUAAAGUGCAUUGACAUAGCAAAGUGUAUGUUUGUGUGGGGGUUCUGGGUUUGGACUGAUCUUCCUCUGUGACACAAGUUGAAACAAAAAGAAUUUGGAGCCCCCCGAGAAAUGGCGAAAUUCAUCUUGCUGGUGCUAGAUUUUAGAUAUUCCACUGGUUCACUUCUUUCCAUACAGCAUAAUGCUCAUGGGAACAUGAAGGUUCAGAUUCUAAUCAGAGACAUCUCAGGAUAGACUUGAAUAUUGAGACUAGCAAACUCUCCCAGAUACUUUCAAUUUUCCAACAUUCCUUUUUUUU